ACCGCAUCGCCUCGACUGACUUCAUUUAGGCAUCACGGCCAACCUCACGGGCUUCGGCCUCAUUUGCAUCUUGCCACUACCUAUAGACGAUGCAGCCAUGUCUUCUCACAGCCCGCAUAACAACAUUUUUCCACCACCCAGGGAACGAUGCCUUUCUAGGUUCUGGAACAACCGACCUGUUCUCUACAUCAAGCGCGCAGGUAUCGCGGCAUCCUACCCAAUUCGCGGCAUCUGGUACUUCACACGAAACAGAGAAUUUUGGCCUCUCCUGUUUGGAAGGCUAAUCCCUCUGUCUCUGAUCUCAUUCUUCGUAUACUUUGUCCUUUUCUCGUUCGCGUUCCUUCCGCAAUUCUUAUUCCUGGCCAUCUUCCAUGGCUGGGGCGCCUGGUUUAAUGCCGUUGUUCUUGUGCUGGGUGAAGGAUUGGUGAUUGUUCAGGGCUUAUUUGAAGGCUUCUUUGUUGACGAAUGCCGAGUGGAUGUUUUCGACGCCACGCUUAUCAAGCUCUCACUGAAGGAUCUAAUAUCUCCUCAUCGCCUGUUGUUUGAAGAUGCACCCGAUGCAGUUAAAAUGUUGGGAAAGCCGACGAGCCCAGCUACCUUCAAUCCAUGGAGCACGAUUCAAAUUGUAGAGCUUAUCUUCUUUCUUCCUCUCAACCUCAUCCCUUAUGUCGGGACUAUUGCCUUUAUUGUCAUCACGGGGACUCGACUCGGGAAGCUAUCGCAUCACCGCUGGUUCCAACUGCGAGGCUUGACGAAGCCAGCCCAAGCGGCUGAAAUAAAGACACUUGAGUGGGACUACAUCUGGUUUGGAACCGUGGCCAUGAUUUUUGAGCUCAUACCGGUGCUGUCUUUUUUCUUUCUUCUGACUACAGCAACGGGUGCAGCUAUGUGGGCGGCAGACAUUGAGAAGUCGAGGAGAAGAGAGGCAGAGUCUGACGCUAGGCAAGCGGCAGCAUCUCGGUAUACGGAUGACUUUCCGUAGGCUUUAUAACGACUUCAACGGGUUUCACGAAUGGCAGACGGAUGGACAAUGGACACCUAGAUUACAUCACCUCGAAAGCGAGUACAAUACAAUCCAUACACCCUCACAGAGAUAUACCUGUGCGUAGAGUGCAUGUAGC